AUGGCGGGUAACGAUCACGGGGAUGUAAAAAACUUGGACUUGGGACCAGAAUUCAAGAACUGCAAGUGCCUGAAUUUGUGUGAGUUGCAACUCAUCUUGGGAGACCAGCUGCGGUUAACGUCGAAGCGGAACGAGGAGGCUCAAACGUUGAUAAAGUCCUCGUUCGAUUACGCCAACAAGUUCGCGACGAUAAAGAACAGGAGCUCCAUCGUGGACGUGCGUACCAACCUGGAGCGCAUAGGGGAGCUACACGAGUACGAGAUAGCCAUGCUGGUGAACCUGCUGCCCAAGACAGUACAGGAGGCCAGGUACUUCAUCCCGUCCCUCAUUCGACUCAGCGACGAGACGUUGAACUCGAUUUUGGAGCACCUCAUUAGUUAUAAGAUGUACGUCUCGUGA